ACACUGCCCUAUGAGGCCAUGAACUGCCAAGAGGGUCUGAAACCUCCUCCCAGCAAGAGAAACUCAGAAGGCUCACUUAUAAAACCAGCUAAAAGUUCCAAACCAGAACUAUUCAAGUCCCCUGACAACUAAAGCAUCCAAGUCCCACAAAAACAAAAGAGAGCACUGCAACAACCCCCUGUCCUCAUUCAAAUUUUUUAUAAUAUUUUUUAAGUAUUUAAUUCCUCCUUUCUACCUGAAGCAUAGGCCUGCACUGAAUCAUAAACAUGGCCAAACAUCCACUCAUGCCCUGCCAAAUGUAUCCUUCUCCAUAGUGCCACCUGAACACCUGUGUCUCUUUGCCCUCCAAGGUAACAAAUAAAACACUCUCCUCCUUAAAAGAUGCAUGCAAGUUGCAGCACAGAGGAAGACACGCAAGAGGAGGUGCACCUUCUUGUAAUCAUGACUUCCCAUCUUGCAAUAAUAUUAUGAAGGGAACAAGAGAAAGAGAUGGCCAUUCCUUAUGGACACCCUUGAUUGUCCCCAACUUGCAUCAUAAUAUUCAUAAUAAUAGUAGUAGUCGAUUAAAAAAAAUCCCAAAACUCGGCAUCACCAGCUCUCUCCCCAGUCGUCUUUAGUAGUUGUUACCGUAGGCAGACUCCUCGAAAGUUCAGCCUUUUCCCAUCCUCUCGAUUCCACUCUCUUAUCUCUCUCUCUCUCUCUCAAUCCAAACUCCUUCCCAUUCUUAACAAAGAAAGGAAGAAAAGAAGGUUUUUUUUCCUCUCUUUCUCCAUCCUUAACAAAGAAAAAGAAGAAAAGAAGGUUUUUUUUUUCCUCUCUCUCUUUCUCUAGCUUUUCUCUCUGCUAUCAAUGAAUCCCAAGGGCUCCUCAAAGGGCCCCCCGGAGGCCCCCAAGUUCCACCAGGCCCUGGGCCUCCCCCCCGGGGAUAAAAGAGAACCCACGGCCAGACUAGGCUCCACCACCACCACCACCACCCUCCAACACCAAGAAAGCGGCAGCGGCAGCAGCAGCAGCAGCAGAAAGGAAGACCUCCAGAUAGCGACGAUGACCUCCACGGCACCAGCAACCACAGCAGUAGCCGAGAAAGAGGACCAGCAAAGGCGGCAGCUUGCGCCUCGCCGGAGCUCCAACAAAGACCGCCACACCAAGGUCGACGGCCGCGGCCGCCGCAUCCGCAUGCCGGCCCUCUGCGCCGCCCGCAUCUUCCAGCUCACCCGCGAGCUCGGCCACAAGUCCGACGGCGAGACCAUCCAGUGGCUCCUCCACCAGGCCGAGCCCGCCAUCAUCGCCGCUACCGGCUCCGGCACCAUCCCCGCCUCCGCCCUCUCCUCCUCCUCCUCCGCCCCCGCCGCCGGCUCCACCCCCCAGACCAAUUGGCCCGGUUUCACUGCUAGUACUUCCACCACCACUACUACCAGCCUCGGCCGGCCGCAACACCAGGGGCUAUGGGAGCCGCCUGCUGCCGGAGGGUUCAAUUCGGGAUUUUUACAGUCGGCAUCGGCGGUGCCGGCGAUGCCGAACAUUGGGUUCCACGGGAUGGAGUUGCCUGGUGGCGCCGGUGGUGGCAUGGGGGCCAUGAGCUUCUUGUCGAUGCUCAGCGGGCAUGGGCAGCAGCUGCCGGGGCUGGAGCUCGGGCUCUCACAAGAUGGAAGCAUGGGUGGAGUCUUAAAUUCGCAAGUUUUGAGCCAAUUCUACUUGCAGAUGGGGCACGGAAGGGGUGGCGAGGGCGGCCAGUUGCAUCAUCAGCAUCAUGAUCAUCAGCAGCCUCUGGUGUCGCCGAAGGAUAAUUCACAGGAGUCAACGCAGUAGACAGGCAAGGGGGCCGAGGAGCUUCGAAGGAGAAUUCAAGGAGGAGAUUGAAGAAAAUUGCAAUCGAAGAGGCUAACAGGAUUAGGUUGGUUGGUCGGUCGAUCGGUCUUCUUCUGUGUGCAGCUUUGAGAAUUAUUACCGGAGAACAGAGGUGAAUGGUUUCAGAUAUCGAAUGAAUUGGUUACUGGAUUAUUGAGCAUGCUCUUUAUUUCUCUCUACAUAAUUUCAUAGUGGUAUCUGAUUAUUUUACUGGUUUAUAUCGAGGGCAGCUGAAUUGCUGGGGAUGGAGCUGAAGAUCUUGUCUAUCUGGAGUUGUGUAGAUAAGAGAUGAAACCAUCUUAUUAGGUUUGGAUGGGGUGAUGAUUGAUUUUUUUUUUUUUUAUGAAUAAAGAUAUAAAGUUUCUAUUUUGUCACCUAAGAGAUUCUCUGAGAGAUGGUGUGCCUAAACAUCUACAAUAGUUGCAUGACCAAUUCUUUACCAAUUAGUGGUUUAAAUUUUAACUAGUUAUGUUGUUCGCCAUUCUAUAAUUAAUUUUAUUGUCUUUUGAUUGCAUUACUCUGUUAAAUGACCAUGAAAUAAGAAACUGUAACUUUUCUUUUGGAGUUGGUAAUUGUAAUUGAUGCCCGGGAUGCUACUGGUAUAGCAAACCAUGAUGUGUUAAUGCUUUCAGACAUUGCGUAUGCUUUUGUCUCUAUUCCAUAAACAGAGGCCAUAACUUUGGAACAUGGACACUAGGUCUGAUCUUUUCCAAGUCAUUGAGCUUUCCCUUUUUGCUUUUCAUGUUGAACAAAUGCAUCUUCAUUCAUGUAUGCUGUAAAGUUGAGGAAAUAAUGAAUGUGAUGUAGAAAGAGUUAUUCCAGACAUUAAAAUAAGCACAUGAUGUCCUUAUACUGUCCCAUUAAUACUUCAAUCAGAAUGAUGCUUGGUGGUACUGCACUUCCUUCAGAAGGUCCUUUUAGCUAAAUUUUUGCUUGUGGCCGUGAUAUGAAUAUUAAGAGAGUACAGAGGACCUGAACAUGGUUUUUAUUGACUCUGGGAGGACAUGAGGUGCAGUGCCAUGGCUUGGUAAUUUGAAGAAGAUUGGCGUUCCAGAGGGUAUUGUAUAAUGACAGGUGUGUGAUGUGUGAAGUAUCCUUGGUGAGAGUGGUAAGUCACUUAUCAUGGCAGGUGCAUAACCGGAGAUCACUAAUAAGCUCUUCUCUUUAAUUUUAAUGUAUGAACCAAUAGCUGCUACUUAGUUGGAGAUGCCAUUUGGUUUUCUCCAUGCUGAUAUAUUGAACAGGAGUGAACCAGGUUGGACCCCAGUUGGAAUAAAGGCAAGAAACUAUAGAACAUAAGACUGAAAUUUUGUAAUUAAGGAAAGUACAGCAAGAAAAAGUUUAGUGGGAAUAGAAUGUAAAUGAUUAUUAUGCCUCAGUCAGAAUCAAUGGCCAAAUGAUAACUACAAUUGGUGAUUUUGUUAUAUUUUAACUUAAAAGGAAAAACAGGAGAGAUACCAAGUGUACAUGCUAUGGUCAGCAAAUCAUUUUUAUGGAGUAUUUCUAUGGUGUUAUGGCAUUGCUGCAGGUGUUUGAGACAUGGAAGGCUGUUAAGAAAUAUCUAGGCUGGCGUUAUUAUGGGUAUGAUAACAUUUGCAUAGCAAAAGAAGUUGCAAUAACGCUGCAUAAUGAAACCUACAUGCUUGGUCCCCAGGGCUCACUUUUGUGUAUUUUUGAUCAUGAGGGAAAGAGCUGGGAGAUACUGGAUAGCCCGUUGGUGUUCUUGUUGCAGGAAUAACAUUUGAGGAUUCAUCUUAUCCAACGAAUAAUGCAGUCAGAGCAGCCCCAAUUGCAAAUCAACUUUCUCCAUGUUUUGGGGUAUGAUUCUGUCUCUUAAGAUCUUAUAGCCGGCCAAUGUCAAAACAUUCUUUUCAAAUGUUGUUAGGAGUAAUUUUGUCAUAUACUUCUUUUUUACAAUCCUAGCAUCUAGAGUACUGCAUAAUUUAAUUGAUAUGACAUGAUUUUUGUCCUGGCUAUAUUUAGGUAGAAUUAUUAUUAAAAUUUUUUGCUAUUUGCUCAAGUAAAAUUCAUUGUGAAUGACAACCAGCCACUGUAUAUUUGAAGAACCCAAAAGGAACAUGUAGAUCUCCAAUUGCCACCAUCCUCUUUAUAUGCAACCUAAAGCAAAUGUAUAAGUACCCUUGGUUCCUUAGGUUAAAGAAAGAGCUCCUUCCCAUGCCGCUAACUGAUUAUUGCAUAUGAAACCAAAAUAUUCACUCAGAUCUUAAUCUAAGGCCAUACAUUCUCAAACAAAAUCCCGACAAGGCUUAAGAAGAUCACAAUUCCCGUGGAGUAAUGGGAUAGCAUAUGAAGGAGGGCAUAGAAGUGUGUUACUUGUAUGAGGAAUUAAACAUGAAAAAAUGGGGUCGCUGUGUGUGAUACAACCUCAUGUCAAAUAGAUGACAGAAUUGUAAACAGGAAUCUGUUGUAUAUAUUAUUCUUUCUUCCAACACUUAUGGGAUUUGUAUUAUCAGUUUCAUCGCAUACUGAAGAAAGCCACAAACAUAAUUAUUAGCAUAGUGACAGAUGAGGUCUCUAGUUACCUUUUGUUUGGUCACCAUUAACAGGAAGCCUUCCCCAUUGAUGUUCUAUUUGACAUCGUGAACUAUUUGUUACUUUUGUCUGCUACGGCAAAUUGGAACUUAUUGCAUUAUGGCUUCUGCAUCUAUCAAUUUCAUUGCAUCUACAGAAUAACCACAUAUAUAUGCGAUGCUGUGUGUUCUGGAUGUAUGCAAUUUUAAGCACCAAUCUUGGUGGUUUGUAAUUAAGAAUUCUUCAGGUGGCUGUGUCACUUCCCUCGGAAAACUACCAUAUAUCAUCUAUGCCAGUGUUACCUCAUCAACUUUGUCUGGUUAUAGAAGCAAGCACCGUCCAUGUCAGAUAUCAUAAUGCUGAUUUACAUGACUGCAUUGCGGGAUCCAAAAAGCAAGGUUGAUGAUCAAAGUGAAAGCAGACCAUACGUCGGCAAUCUGGGUGAAAAAAUCUUGGAGUAUGGACAUAGUAAACUUCAUUUCUUUUUUAUCCCUUCCCCUUGAUAUUUAGCUUGUUUUAGUUAACUUUGUCCCCAUUGUCAUUGAAACUUUUUGACUAUGUGCUCUCAGGGAUAAUGGGAUCAAUAUGUUUUAUCCUUUAGAUUUUAUCCAAGGAUAUUUGCGUCACAUCAUGGUCCAAAAUGUUUUUUUUUUGGUGAGAAAAAAUGGUCGAAAAUGUUGAGCACCAUGCAAUUGUUCUUUUUUCCAGCAGUAUCAAGGAUGUGGCUACCAAAUGUUGAUGGUCUGGUGUACCAUGAUGCAAUGAUAUUCUUUUUUGUCUCUUUGAGCAUGCAGGUACCUCAACUGACAAAGGCAAAGAUGAUGAAAGAUUGGCUUCUGUAUGCACUUUGGUUGUUUGAUUGGCCACUGAUAAGUAUCAGGCAGACACAGCAAAGCCCCACAAAGCUGCUGCAAUGCCCAAAACACAGGCAUCAUGUGCAGCCAUCCGGAGUGCCAAUAUUCAAUGGAGGAGUCGGAUAAUAAGCUUAGAUCCUCAGAAGAACAAGGCUGCUGCAUGAAAAAAAAAAAAUCCGAGGCUACAAACAUGCAUCACUCCUCGCAGCCACAAGGAUUGUACUCCAGAAGGAUAUCAAGAGUCAAGACUGAUAGCAAAAGGAAUUUGCUGACUCAUAUAAGACUUAAAGAUAAUCUGCCAGCUCGACCUUUUUCCAGUAACUGGUUUUCCUUCUCUUUACCUCUUAUCAUCCUCUCCACCUGAGCAAGAACAUGUGCAAAGCUCCUCUCUUUCUCCCUUGUGGAGCAAAAUGUAUCUUGGUUGGCAUACAUUCCUUCUUUGAUGCAAACUCCACUUUUCUUUAGCGAGUUUCUGUCGUUAUAUCAUCUCGUGUUUCCUACCUUCUUUCAUCUCCAAACUUCACACCAUCUUAGUCUAUAUUGCUUGAGUUCUAUUGCCUGCAGUUGCUGCUGUUGUGCCAAGCCUUCACAAGCUGCUUUUAUGUUCUUGGUUAUAAUGGAAACUUGUGGUUAUUUGAAA